GGGCUAGCUCAAUGUGGGACGUGAGCAUGGGAAGCAGCCAGGGCUUUGCAGACCUCCCAGCACCGAAGGGAAGGGAAAUGCGAAAGGAGCCCGGUGCCCGGCCCAAGAUCCAAACGAGCCUGACGCGGGUGGAGGAGAGUGACGACGAAGGGGAAAAGCCUCCGAGAAUCUCGGCUACGCUCCCAACUGAGACCCUGGUGCCCCUGGCGAAUGCCGGGCGUGGCACAGGACAAAGGGAAGCAGCAGCGGGGCCCACUGGCCCGCAAGGGGGCUUGCGACGGGCGGAGGAUUGGGGAUUGCCACCACAGGGACCCCUACCGAGACGAGAGGAACUAAGGAUCGAGUUUGGGGGAGAGUCCUCUGAACUGGAUUUUUUCCUGACCACGGUGAGGGGCUAUAUGGAGGACAAUGCCCACACUUUUAGAACGGAAUCCAGCCGGGUACGGGCCAUUGGUGCAGUGUUGAAGAGGGGAGCGGCCAGCUGGUACGUUCAACUACACGCGCGGCGCGACCCAUGUCUGGGGUCACUCCGACGCUUUAUGGGGGCCCUGGAGACCCGUUUCCGAGAUCCACUGGAGCAGAUCCGGGCGAGGGAGGAGUUGAAGACCGUCUCCCAGGGGCAGAGGUCGGUGUCUGAGUAUGCGGAGGAGUUCCAAUGCCUCGCUGAAAAGGUGCCGGAAUGGUCUGCAGUGACAAAGAUAGAACUCUUCAAAGAGGGGCUCAGGCGGGAGAUCCUCUCCUGGGCGGUGCAUCGUGAUGAGCCUGACACACUGCGCGGAUGGAUUCAGCUGGCGGGGCGCAUCGAGACAUCGCUGGCCCAGGCGAGGAGGCACCGAGGAGGGCUACAGCAGCGGCCGCAGAUGAAAGAGGGGAGCCGGAAGGAGGGAUCAACCCCAGCCGGGAGGAGAACGGAGCCGACAGGGAACGUGAGCACCAGCAGGAGGGGCUGCUUCGUGUGCGGCCGUUUGGGCCACAGGGCUGCCGAGUGCUGGCAGAGAAAAGGGGAAGGCGGAGGCCCGCCCAAACCAAGAGCCGUGGCAGGGAAACGCGCCGAGGAAGAACCACCGAUGAGGCACCACUCGGGGGGGUUGGACGAAGGGGAGGAGGACGCCAUGUCAGAACCCUGCUACUAGAGCCUGGAUGUGGCUCUGAGUUUCAGGGUCACUGACAUUGAUAAGACACCUGCGUCCCAGGACUCGGAGGAGAAACGGCUGAUGGACUUGGCGGGGAAUUUGCGCGGGGUUUUACUGAGCGGGAAGAGACUGUUCAAAUGAGGGGGAGGGUAUAUAAAGGAGGGUUGGCCGGAGCCUCCCAUUCUUGGCUUUUCUGAUGUUCAUGUUUCCUACAGUAAAAGUUCCUGGUGAUACCACAAA